GAAGCACAGCUAGAAGCAGAAGAGAUGCUUUUGAGCAAAGCUCAGUCUCUCUUUUGGUGUCUAGAAAAACUAGGAGUAACCAUAAGCAUAACCAGUAAACAAAAGAAAAUGGGGAAGUAGUUUGACCUAUCAAAAGUUUUUUAUUUUAAAAUCCAUGUUAGGUUCUCAGCCUAAGAUCUGGUGUGCUCUUUCAAAUUAGUAUUCCUCACCUCUGCAUUUUCUUUCAUCCAUUGUGUUGGACCUCACAUGCCUCUGACCUCUCCUGUCCACAUUGCGUCUGCAUAUACAAUUCCCCAGUUUCUCUUGGCCUAUUCCAGCCCCCUGCCUUGCAACCAUCUUUCCUAAGGCUGUAUCUGCACUACAGAAAUAAUUCAGCUUGACACUGCUUUAACUGCUAUGGCUCCAUGCUGUGGAAUCCUGGGAUUUGUAAUUUGUUGUGUCACCAGAGGUCUUUGACAGAGAAACCUAAAUAUCUGGCCAAAUGACAAAUUGCAGGAUUCCAUAACCUUGAUGCAUGGCAGUUAAAGUUGUGUCAAGCUGCAUUAUUUCUACAGUUUAGAUGUAGUCUAGGCCUGCUCAUUUUCUAUCCUUUCCUACACCCUUCUGCCCAAAGCCUGGAAAAGUGACUUUGAGGAACCACUGCUUCCAGUAUCCCUAGCCAGCAAGGGCAGUGACUGUGUUGGCUGCAGGAUUUGGGGGAUUAUAGUCUAAAAGAAUUGAAGAAAAACGGGAGUGAGAGAGGUGUAAUUUGGGGCCUGUAAUCUUCAAUGCAUCCUUCCAGUUGUUUAAAAAUGCAUGCAAUAUCAGCAAGUGUGUUAACCCUUUCUUCCGAUGAAAUGGUACUGAAGAAACCUCUGCUCUGAAAGUGAUAAAGCUUUUGGAGAAAAGUCUCCUGUUGGUGCCAAUGCACCUUAGUGAUUCAUGGAGGAGCACACGGUGACCCAGACGGAGCACAUGGCUACUAUCGAGGCCCAUGCAGUGGCCCAGCAGGUGCAGCAGGUUCACGUGGCUACGUACACAGAGCACAGCAUGCUCAGUGCAGACGAAGACUCGCCGUCUUCUCCUGAGGACACUUCCUAUGAUGACUCAGACAUUCUCAACUCCACGGCCACCGAUGAGGUGACUGCCCACCUGGCUGCUGCAGGCCCAGUGGGGAUGGCUGCAGCAGCAGCUGUGGCGACAGGUAAAAAAAGGAAACGUCCUCACGUCUUUGAGUCCAACCCUUCGAUCCGCAAGAGGCAGCAGACACGGUUGUUACGGAAGUUGCGUGCCACGCUGGAUGAAUACACCACCCGCGUCGGACAGCAGGCCAUCGUUCUGUGCAUCUCCCCCUCCAAGCCCAACCCUGUCUUUAAAGUAUUUGGUGCAGCACCACUAGAGAAUGUGGUGCGUAAGUACAAGAGCAUGAUCCUGGAAGACCUAGAGUCAGCAUUAUUGGAACAUGCACCUGCGCCGCAAGAGGUUAACUCUGAGUUGCCACCUCUAACCAUCGACGGGAUUCCGGUCUCUGUAGACAAGAUGACCCAAGCUCAGUUGCGAGCAUUCAUCCCUGAAAUGCUGAAGUACUCCACGGGUCGUGGGAAGCCAGGCUGGGGAAAGGAGAGCUGCAAACCCGUGUGGUGGCCUGAAGACAUUCCCUGGGCCAACGUUCGAAGCGACGUCCGGACCGAGGAGCAGAAGCAGAGGGUGUGUGUUGAGUGCCCUCUUGCUUCUGCAAAGGGCUCUUCCUUGGUAUCUUGGACUCAGGCACUGCGGACUAUUGUUAAGAACUGCUAUAAGCAACAUGGCCGCGAGGACCUGCUGUAUGCUUUUGAGGACCAGCAAACACAGCCAGCAGCAGCAACACACAGCAUAGCACAUUUGGUACCAUCUCAAACUGUGGUCCAGACCUUCAGCAAUCCAGAUGGCACAGUUUCUCUCAUCCAGGUUGGCACAGGAGCUACGGUAGCCACCUUGGCAGAUGCUUCAGAAUUACCUACCACAGUUACGGUCGCACAGGUCAACUACUCUGCAGUAACUGACGGAGAGGUGGAACAGAACUGGGCAACGCUACAAGGAGGUGAGAUGACCAUCCAAACGACACAGGCUUCUGAAGCUACGCAGGCAGUGGCAUCUCUGGCAGAGGCGGCAGUGGCAGCAUCACAAGAAAUGCAGCAAGGUGCAACAGUCACAAUGGCGCUCAACAGUGAAGCAGCUGCCCACGCCGUAGCCACGCUUGCGGAAGCCACCCUUCAAGGUGGAGGCCAGAUUGUCUUGUCUGGUGAAACUGCAGCAGCUGUCGGUGCACUCACUGGGGUUCAAGAUGCGAACGGUAGGCAGACAAAGAUAGGCCUCGUCCAGAUCCCAGUGAGCAUGUACCAGACCGUGGUCACCAGCCUCGCCCAAGGGAAUGGCCCUGUCCAGGUGGCCAUGGCUCCGGUGGCCGCCAGGAUAACGGACAGCACCGUCACCAUGGAUGGCCAGGCAGUGGAAGUAGUAACACUGGAGCAGUGAGGGCAAUGUGGCAGGAGCGUGAUACAGCUGCUUCUUCUUCUCUCUCACCUGCAGAGAUUUUUUUUCUACGCCUCUCUGGAGACACGAUCAGAUGGCAUUUUGAGUCUCACAGCUUUGGAAGCGGCAAAAAAAGUUUUGUUAACAGUACAGGGGGGAAUAGAGAGAGCAAAAGGGUGAAGACUGGCACCUUUCUAGUACCCCUCUGAUCCGGCAGAUGUAAGGAACCCCACCUGGGGCAGGCAAAGCCAAGCUUUCCUCUCCCACCUUGCAUGGACCACUCUUGAUUAUAGUCUGGGCGAGAUGUGGGGGAAAAGAUGGAUUUCCCUCCCUUCCUAGGGGUCUGAAAUGGGUAUUCCCAUAGACAUUCAUGACCCCAUUCCUGCAGAGGCGCACAGAGCCAGUCUGCUCUGCUGUCCUCCUCAUGGCAAGAAUUAGGUGUCAUUUUAACAUGGACAUAAUUUUUUUUAACAAGAGAGACCAUUUGGAAAAUGAUUUUUUUUUUCUUGAAGAGGCGUUAAAAGUGUAAAAAUCUCCUGGAAGAAACAGUGUGGUCUGUGGUGAUCCAUAGACUCUGGGUCCCUGUGAGAAAGGGAUCUGUGGUUCUUGAGAGACCUGUUGAAUCAGAUUUGACUCCACUUCCUUCCUUUUCUAAGUCUGUGCUUGAAACUUGACCCCAGGUCUUCCCUUCUUUGUCUUCUCUGCUUGAAUUGGUAUUUGCCUGCAUUUUUAAAACUUUUUCCCUUGGGUUACAAAAAAUAAUAAUCAGAAGGCUUAAGUGAGCCCUGAGAAGUGAUGGGAGGUGUAGUGAUGAUAUUUCCAUGAACCUAGCUGGCCACUUUCCCGGGUUGUCUGUUGGGUGGCUGAGGUGUUGACCAAGGCUCUUCUUGACAUGGUGGCCUUCACAACCAUAAGCCACAUCUUUCCCCUUUGCGUUGUCCUGACCUUUGGGAAUCUUCAGUUCCAGGCAUUUCCUGGUCCAUCAAACAUCAGAAGUGCUCUUUUCCAAUAUUUCCAGCCCACAUCAGGCAUCCUUAUUUCAUUCUCCCUCUCCUUCUACAACCGAACUGAGCAGCCCUGCCAGAAAGCAUCUUCAGUCUCUACUUUUUGCCUCUUAGAGAAGCCCAGGCUCUCCACUCCCCACAGAAAAGCUGUUGCUUCUGCACCGAUGAGCUCUGCUUCUUUUCUCAUGGAGUAAUUUCAGUAUUUAAUUUUGUUCUUGUUUUAUUUUACAUGCAAUGCCAUUUCCCCGACCGCUCCACAUCCUUCCUGGCCUGUGAAGGCAAGCUUUCUUUUCUUUUCUCCCUUCAGAUGUGUAUAUUUACUUGGCUUCUUUUUUUUUUAAUGGAAGAUAUCAACAGUUGUUUAUAUACUUUCUCUCCUGUGGACUUAGACUGAUGGAAUGGAAUGCUCUCCCCAGAAGCAAAGCCCAGAUUUUUAAUUUACUUUCUUUAAUUUUAAAUAUAUAUUUUUAAAAGAAAUUGUUAUUGUGAAGAUGUCAGGUGUGACUUAAAGUCAGUGUUCCCUUUUAUUUUUGGCAAAUGAAAUAACGUUCUGAUAGACUGAGAAAUUACUGCCCUGAAUCCCAAAGAGAAGCCCUUCUCACUUCUACCACGAACACCAACACCUUGAUCCUGUAGCAGAGCAUGGAAAAUUCCUGUUAUUUUCCCCAUUGUGUCUUAUUGCCUCAUUCAAUAAAUUGUUACAGAUGUGUCCAUA